AUGGUGGCCGCAGGAGCAGGAGGGUCGGCCGCCUCGCCCAUCGGGCUAGGGCUAGAGACAGGGCGUGUGGGCCAAGUUCACUUUGGGCCCAAUAGUGAGGCGGGCCUGCUUCCGACCCCGACGACCCAAGAGAUGGCGGCCCGGCGGGGCAGGGACAAAAUGUCGGACUAUGACAAUGUGGGCCCACUGAACCAUGAAGAAGAGGGGAGCCGGGCCUGGGUGCCUAACGGGCUAGGAUGGUUGGGCCUAGAACCAACCCAAGAAGAAGAUGAGCUUAGUCUGGCGGGCCGGCCAGAGAAGUGGGCCGAGCCCAACCAGAGGGCAGCCGGGUUGGACUAG